CUUCCAGUGGACUUAGAUUGAGCCGACUAAGCUUACUGACUGGUGCCAGAAAGUAGCUGUAAAGAGACUCUGUAAAUCAAUUAACUCCAUUGUUUUUAUGGAGAUCGCUUGGUACCAAAACUUCUUUCUUUGCAUGCUUCUCUGAUCCUGUGGAGAUGAAAAUUGACAUCCAUAGUCAUAUUCUACCAAAAGAAUGGCCAGAUCUAAAAAAGAGAUUUGGCUAUGGAGGCUGGGUGCAGCUCCAACACCACAGCAAGGGAGAAGCAAAGAUGCUGAAAGAUGGGAAGGUCUUCAGAGUGAUCCAAGAGAACUGCUGGGAUCCAGAAGUCCGUAUUAGAGAAAUGGACCAAACAGGAGUGACUGUGCAAGCCCUUUCCACAGUUCCUGUCAUGUUUAGUUACUGGGCCAAACCUCAGGACACUUUAGAUCUGUGCCAGCUUUUAAACAAUGACUUGGCUGCCACUGUUGCGAACCACCCCAAGAGGUUUGUGGGCCUGGGCACAUUGCCCAUGCAGGCCCCCGAGCUUGCUGUUAAGGAGAUGGAGCGCUGCGUAAAGGAACUGGGCUUUCCCGGGGUCCAGAUCGGCUCCCACAUCAACGAGUGGGACCUGAACGCGCCGGAACUCUUCCCUGUCUAUUCCGUGGCUGAAAAGCUGAACUGCUCCCUAUUUGUGCACCCCUGGGACAUGCAGAUGGAUGGACGGAUGGCCAAAUACUGGCUCCCUUGGCUUGUAGGAAUGCCAGCAGAGACCACCACUGCCAUUUGCUCCAUGAUCAUGGGAGGAAUGUUUGAGAAAUUUCCUAAACUGAAAGUGUGUUUUGCACAUGGAGGAGGUGCCUUCCCUUUCACAGUCGGAAGAAUUUCCCAUGGAUUCAACAUGCGCCCAGAUCUGUGUGCCCAGGACAAUCCAACCAACCCAAAGAAAUACCUUGGUUCCUUUUACACAGACUCCUUGGUUCAUGAUCCUCUGGCACUCAAGCUGUUAACAGAUGUCAUAGGAAAGGAUAAAGUCAUUUUGGGAACUGAUUACCCCUUUCCACUAGGGGAGCUGGAACCUGGGAAAUUGAUAGAGUCCAUAGAAGAAUUUGAUGCAGAAACAAAGGAUAAACUCAAAGCUGGCAAUGCCCUAGCAUUUUUGGGCCUUGAGAGAAAACAAUUUGAGUGACUGAAUUUACUACAAAGGCAAACAUUCAAGAAGAUAUUUUUUGUUUUUAACUAUAUAUCACACAUGCAUUACUAAAAUCUUAUUUUGUGCUAUUUUACCCAGAAAUAGAAUAUCCACAAAUGUUCUAAAUUAUUCAUAACAAAAAUGACUCUCAGAAUGUUUUCAUUCUGAAAAACAGCACAUUAUUUCAUGUGCAAAUCAAAAAUGAUAUUCCCAGAACUUUUUAAAUUCAUGUCAGAAAUUAAAAAGUAAAGGUCAUUAAUGAUUUAUAUGUAGAAAGACCAGACUCAUUCUGGAGGGCUGAAGUGGGUUCUCUACUUUGAGCAGGUAUAUGUAAAUAUAUAGGGAGGGCCCCCAAAAACCAUUUUUUAUCCAUUUUUAUUCCAUUAGCCCACAACUGGGCCAGGAAUGCUUUAUAAUCCAAAAAAAUAAGUGAUAUACAUGUUACAUAACCUCUAGAGAGCUUAUAUUCCAAUUAAAGAGGCAAGACACAUGUUCAUGGAAUAAUAACUAAGCAAUACAAUGGGAGGCGCAGAAGUUUCGGUAAGAAAAAUUCAUCUGGAUUCAAACUUGAACAGAUCUUCACAGAAUUUGGGCUGAGUCUCUAAGGAUGGACAAGCCUAAGUGGGAGGUGGGAAAUAGACAAAGAGGCCAAACUAUUAAGACCAGGGCUUUCAGGGGCGCCUGGGUGGCUCAGUGGGUUAAGCCGCUGCCUUCGGCUCGGGUCGUGAUCUCAGGGUCCUGGGAUCGAGUCCCGCAUCAGGCUCUCUGCUCAGCAGGGAGCCUGCUUCCUCCUCUCUCUCUCUCUGCCUGCCUCUCUGCCUGCUUGUCAUCUCUCUCUGUCAAAUAAAUAAAUAAAAUCUUAAAAAAAAAAAAAAAAAAAAAGAACAGGGCUUUCAGACUGAAUGAGAACUUACUUAUUCUGGAGAAAAGUUCCAGUCUGUAAUUUACUUUUACCAGAAGCUCUUUUAGUUUAAAAUACUGAGCAAAAUGUAUAAAGCUAGUUACAGAGAUUGCGCAAGGAAAUACCAGGGUAGCUAUGUUCUACUGAGUUCAUUUAUGGUUGUCCUACCCAGGCUGCUGAAAAUGAAGUUGGUCCUGGGAGGGGUAAUGAACAUCUGUGGAUCAUAUACCUCUGGCUGAAUUCUAAAACCAAAUACAAUUUUUCAAAGUGAUCCUCUUGCUUUAAACUCAUUCAUAGUUCUUUUCCAUCUUAUUAGUCCAGAAAACCAAGGGUUGAGUAUUGGCAAGAAUUUUAGGUGAUCUAACUUGCUAAACUACACCUAUCCCAUUAUUUUCGCUUUAUUUAGUUCAGUAUUCUCUCUCUUUCCUGCUCCUCCUGUUGCUUUCUAGGACAUUACCCACCCACCAUUCUGCUUACUACUACAAUCUGCUUCAAAAGAAAAACAAAAGUUGAGCAAAAUGGCAACAUGAAGCAUAUGUUUUUCCUUUUUCCUUCCCCAUUCUUUGGGGGGAAAUGUCUGUUCUUUUUCAUAUAUCCUACAUUUGAAUACUUUUAAUGUAGUGCUUAAUCACUGUUUUAUUAUGAACAGUAACCCUUACUCAAUAUCACAGACAAAUAAAGAUACAUUAAAUAGAUACAAACAAGGAUAUUCAUACACACAGACUGUUUAUAUGAUCUGUCAGGGCUGGAGAAGUAGGGAUACGAAAGUAAACAAGAAGCACAAAAGUCCUUCUCUGAUGACACUUAAAAUCUGGAGAAUAAGAUGCACAAGUCAACAAAGGAGAGAGAACAGUAAAAGGAGGAAUGGAGACAGAGAAGGAAGGAAGGAAAGCAGGAGGGAAUGAAGGAAGGAAAUUUUUUUCUUAUGCUAACAAACACUAUAAAGAAAUUAAAACAGGGAACUGUAUAGGGUGACUAGAGGAAGGAUGGGGGAGAAAACAUUAAAUUGUGGGCCCUCUUUAGACAGGGCUUUAAGACUUAAAUGGUAGAACGCCAAGAGCCAUGAGAAAGAGAUUUCCAGGCAAAGUGAAAAACCUCUGAGGCAGGAAAGAGCUUAUGGCAGUUUUGUGAGCAAGGAGGAAAGAGGUAGGAAGUGAAGCUGAAAAGAUAGCUAGAUAACUAGGUCAUAGGGAAGAGUUCAGAUUUUAUAUUUAGUUUCCCAGGAAGCCAUUGGAGUUAUAGAAAUAGGUCUGUGAAAUGAUCUGACUUAUGUGUUAAAAAAAGAAAAAAAAUUAGCAACUGUGACAAUUAUUUAAGGGGGUAAGAAAGGUAGCAGGGAGACAAAGCAAGAAAUGGUGACUUGGGCAAACUAAUAAAAUGGGAUGUGGUUGUAGAUAGAACCAACAG